AUGGAGAGACUUGAGGCAAAUUCUAAGAUGGAUAAGCUCUUAAAAUAUGGCACAAACUUGACUACGCUUGCAAUGGAGGGGAAACUUGAUCCAGCUAUAGGAAGGAAGGACGAGAUAGAAAGAGUAAUGCAAAUUCUUUGCAAGCGUCGGAAGAACAACCCAUGCCUUAUUGGAGAUCCUGGUGUUGGUAAAACUGCCAUUGUAGAAGGUCUGGCUCUUCGUAUUGGAAACUCGGAGGAUAUUCCGCCAAAGCUCCAGGGUAAACAGGUUUUCUCGAUUGAUAUGGCACGACUUAUCGCUGGCACAACUUUACGCGGAGAAUUCGAAGAAAGGUUAAUAACGGUGAUUGAUGAAGUUAAGAGAAGUGAAGGAAAUGUAAUACUCUUUAUUGAUGAGCUUCACACAUUAAUUGGGGCAGGGGCGCAUACUCUUGAUGCUGCUAAUAUUCUGAAGCCCCCUCUUGCCAGGGGUGAACUUACGUGUAUUGGUGCAACUACGUUGCAAGAGUUCAAAAAGUACAUUGAAAAAGACCAGGCAUUGGAAAGGCGGUUCCAACAAGUUAAAGUAGAUGAACCAUCUGUUGAUGAUGCGAUAGAAAUUUUACAAGGUUUGCGCAAACGAUAUGAGAAUCAUCACAAUGUGCAGUACACGGAUGAAGCUCUGGUUGCAGCAGUUCAAUUGUCUCAUCGUUACAUCAGUGAUCGUUACCUCCCGGACAAGGCGAUAGAUUUGAUAGAUGAAGCUGCCUCGAGAGUUCAGCUUCUGCAGGAACAAGGCUCUCUACAAGUUUUGCAAGUGACAGAAGAUGACAUAAAACAUGCUGUAUCUUCUUUGACUGGCAUUCCUUUGGAAAAAGUCUCAAGCUUGGAAUCUGAACGCCUACUGAAUCUUGAGAAUAUAUUAUUAGAACGUGUGAUUGGCCAACAAGAAGCUGCGAAGGAUGUUGCGCGUGCCAUUCGCCGAGCUCGCACUGGCAUAAAUGACCCUAACCAACCCAUAGGAAGUUUCUUGUUUACUGGCCCAACUGGUGUAGGAAAGACUGAACUGGCAAAAGUAUUGGCCGCAGAGUAUUUUGGGGCGAAAGAAGCCAUGAUCAGGCUAGACAUGAGCGAGUAUUAUGCAAGACAUACUGUCGCGAAACUCAUUGGAGCACCUCCAGGGUACAUUGGAUUUGCUGAGGGUGGUCAGCUGACAGAAGCUGUCCGUCGGCGUCCACAUACCAUUGUUCUCUUUGAUGAGAUUGAGAAGGCUCAUGAAGAUGUUUUCACUAUCAUGCUUCAAAUUUUGGAUGAUGGACGAUUGACAGAUGGUGGAGGCCGCACUAUUGAUUUUAAAAACACACUAAUAAUAUUGACCUCUAAUGUUGGCAGUGAUGUGAUAAGCAGUGGAGAUUCUGAACAAACCAAGAUCAAAGUAGGUGAAGAGCUGAGAAAAAAGUUCCGGCCUGAGUUCCUAAACAGAUUAGAUGAAGUAGUUAUAUUUCAGCAUUUAACAAAGCCUGAAGUGAGAAAGAUUGUCGACUUACUGGUGGCAGAAGUUUCAGAUAGAUUGAAAGUCAAGAAAAUCAUACUAGAUGUUUCGAAAAAGUUCAAAGAAAUGAUAGCUGAAGAAGGUUACUCUCCCACAUAUGGUGCAAGGGCGUUGAAGAGGACGGUCGUGAGACUUCUGGAGGACAACUUAGCAGAUAAAAUGCUUACCGGAGAAAUUAAGGAGGGAGACUCAGUUUCUGUUAACUAUUUUGGAGAAGUGAUGAGAUGCAUGUACUUGUAUGCCGUGAAAUUGUUGUACGAGUAUAAUUUCCUCUCUUGCAAGUGCUAUCAGAAAACAAAAUCGGAAACAGCUUCGAGCAUCUUUCUCAUCCGGCAACUUUAUACGAAACUCUUUCAAAUCCGUCGUCCUGGCUGCUUAUUCCCAAAACCUGAGUAUUUAAACCAGCGCUUUAAUAGCGUGGCCCCUGGUAACCUUACACCUCCAAUGCCUAUUAGCUAUUGGGGCUCUUCGUUUACUGUGCGUUUUAUUGGGGCUCUUCGUUUUCUUUACUCAUUAGGAGCUUAG